UUCCCUCCUCAUUGUGGCAGCAGACUCAAGCGGAAACUACCGAACUUUUUCAUCCUCCAAUCAGGUUUCAGUCUCUGCUUUCUGUUUCCGGCGUCCGUUGGCAGAAGAAACAAGUCCAGCUAUAAACAUUCCUGGGAGCGCUUUAACAUUCCGUUGAAUAAUGAAGAGGCAGGACACUGACGACCAGGUGGUGGAUAACAGUGGAGAGUCUAGUGCAGAGGGAACAUCAGAGACUCCGGCGACUCCUGAAGGCACUGAGAGCCCAAAGGAGCAGAACACGCAGACAGAUAGCUCUAUAACUGUUAAAUCUCAACCACACAAAGCCUCUGGAUCUCAAUCUACCUCCUGUGAUGUGGCUGAGGAGCUUAGCAGACAGCUGGAGGACAUCCUCAGCACGUACUGUCGGGCAGAUGGAAGCGAAGACAGGGCCGUUCCUAACGGCCAACCUGACGGUGCCGAGGUCAACGGGCUGGCAGAGAGAGAGGACAGCAAGUCAGAGGAUGCCAGUCUGAACGGCAGCAGUGGAGCAGAGAAGGACCAGAAGAAGCUUCAGGAGAAAAAGAAGGUUAAAGGUCUGGGAAAGGAAAUAACACUGCUUAUGCAGACACUGAACACGCUGAGCACUCCCGAAGAAAAACUUGGUGGUCUGUGCAAGAAGUAUGCUGAGCUGCUUGAAGAGCACCGCAACUCUCAGAAGCAGAUGCGAGCUCUGCAGAAGAAGCAGGCCCAGCUGAUCCAGGAAAAGGACCACCUGAGGAACGAGCACAGUAAAGCCAUUCUGGCCCGCAGCAAGCUGGAGAGCCUGUGCCGUGAACUGCAGAGACACAACCGCACACUGAAGGAGGACGGCGUGCAGCGCGCUCGGCAGGAGGAGGAGAAAAGGAAGGAAGUGACCUCCCACUUUCAAUUAACGUUGAACGACAUCCAGGCGCAGAUGGAGCAGCACAACGAGCGCAACGCCAACCUGCGGCAGGAGAACAUGGAGCUGGCAGAGAAGCUCAAGAAGCUCAUCGAGCAGUACGAGCUAAGGGAGGAGCACAUAGAUAAAGUUUUCAAGCACAAAGAUCUACAGCAGCAGCUGGUUGACGCAAAGCUCCACCAGGCUCAGGCGCUGCUCAAAGACUCGGAGGAUCGACAUCAGAAGGAGAAAGAGUUUCUGCUGAAAGAAGCCAUGGAGUCACAGAGGAUGUACGAACUUAUGAAACAACAGGAAGUUCAUCUGAAGCAACAGUUAUCGUUAUACACAGAGAAGUUUGAAGAGUUUCAGAACACGCUCUCCAAAAGCAACGAGGUGUUCACAACCUUCAAGCAAGAGAUGGAGAAGAUGACUAAGAAGAUUAAGAAGUUGGAGAAGGAGACCACCAUGUACAGGUCCCGAUGGGAGAGCAGUAAUAAAGCCCUGCUGGAGAUGGCUGAAGAGAAAACCCUCCGAGAUAAGGAACUGGAGAGCUUGCAGGUGAAGGUACAGAGGUUGGAGAAGCUGUGUCGUGCACUGCAGAUCGAACGCAACGAGCUGAGCAAGAAGGUUCAGGACCUCAGUAACCCAGCGGAUGGACGGGGCUCGGAGGCUGAGGCGGAGACCAAACCGUCACCGCCAGCCACAGACUCAGCAGAGUGUAGCCCCUCGCACACAAAUGACCCACAGCCAGAGACUCCGCCCACCGACCACUCUCAAGCGUGUCACUGCAGCCCCGUCGCAGGGGCCGAGUCGCAGAGGGAGACGUGUUCAGCCCAGGACUGAGGUAACGGUGCAGUCGCUGGGUUCGUACCGCUCACAAUCUACCCAGCAGCUCCCCGUCUCUGAGCUGUCUCAGCAUUUCUGGGGCGUUCUGUCAGGGAAGAUUGUGCCUUUGAGAUGCUGUGUUUUAAACUUUUUACCCUGUUGUGUUUUUUUUUCUUCCCUACUCUCCCUUUAUUCCUCUUUUUCCAACACUUUGAGAACUUCCUGUUUUUGAGAUCCUACGCUUAGAGGCACUGAGCACCACUGCUGCUUUGGAAUGCUUACCUUGGAGUGCUCUUCUCCUCUUCAUAGUUCUAUUUAAGUGUGAGCCUCAAGUCCUGUCCGCUCGGCUGAAUAAAAACUUAAGAAUGUAGGUCGACGGUUAUCUAUAAACUGUAACCCAGGUAAACCGCUUGAGCUCCAUAUUAUUGCUUAUGAUAUGAACAGCAGCUGUAGUGCAGCAAAAUAUAAAUUCAUCACAUUUAGCGUCAGGGUUGUCUUUUUGUUUUUGUUUAAUUUAUAGACAUAUUAUAAGGGUCUGCACACACUAUUGUUUUUUUUUUAUGUAAACAAUCAUGUAAUCAUUGUUUUGUUUGGUUUGGUUUUGUUUUUCUCGCAGUCAUUUAAGAUACUAGUCUCGAUUCGUGCUUUUAAAAUGUGCACUCAGUGAAGGUCACGUUGAAUUCAGUGUCAUCACAUCAGAUCUUUUAGGAACCAGAACCCCUGUUUUCCACCACGUUGAAACAAGUUUGCUGGAAACAUGUGCUGCUUCGUGAUAUUCUUAUUUUCCCCCUCAUGAGUAUAACACAUUCAUAAUGUAACGUCUUUAUGUAGUUUAUUCAAAACUCUAUAUACUGACUUUUUUUUUUUUUUUUUAGGGUGGGAUACAUUUAAAUUGGACUUUUCUUUCGUAGAUCUUUGCGUUUCUCGACACCACAUUUGACUUGUGGCUUUGAAAUUGACCGUUGAAGUUUAAACACCUGCUUCUAGAUCAAUCCAGAAGAGAGCAUGCACUCGAUCGAGGCCGUGACCACAGAGGAACACGUUCGCGGUGUUCUUCUGUCUGGUACAUAAUAAUCACCACUUUUCUCAUAGUGGAACUUUAUUUUCUCAUGUUCCUGUGAUUGUAAACUUGGUAUAAAACAUUGUGGAGAUAAUUUCAUGUACAACCCAGAAAUCCAAUCUGCUGUGUGACCGGGUUAAAUAAAGCGAUUUUAAAACUCGGUCAAACUCUAUGCAAUUCUAGUGCCGUUCACCUUCUGUCUAGUAAAUCGAGGGUUAACAUGCUAACAAAGGAAUGUACAUUAUUAUAAUCUCCUCAUUGUGGCUUCAGACUUAAUGACAUGAAGUCGUGUCUGGUGUGACAUACAUGUUAUGUGUGGUUUUAUUUUUUUCAUACCAGGGCAUCAUGAACUUUAUAGCUUCAUUAAUCUGAAUACUAAAUCUCCUACAUGAGGACCUACUUCAGUUUAAUAAUAAUAAUAAUAAUAAUAAAAAAAGCUGGGUUUAUCUUGUUUAUCUACAUUCCUUCUUUUACACAAUAACAGCAUGCCACAUUUCCUUGAUUCCUUCUUGCCAUUAACACUGGACACACCCACUGUUAUUGAAGGUACCAAAGAUCUUUUGUUUGUUUGUUUUUUUGUUUUUCACACCCUGUAAACAUGAUUUGAAAAAUUAAAGGUAUUACACAUAA